GACUCACCUGCACUCCAGAAGCUAAACUCUGCUCCACAUCUCCAGGCUGCCGUCCAGAUGUCGCUGUGCAAAACUUCACAUUUCUGCAUGCUGGUCCUUCCAGUGAUGUCACUGCUGCUUUUCUUCUCUCCCAUUGGUUGGAGCUACGAUGGCCUCACCCCAGGAUGUCACCUACAUCCCUUCAACGUGACCAUCCGCAGUGACCGCCGCGGCACGUGUAAAGGCACCCACCUGGUCUACGCCUGUGUGGGCUACUGUGAGUCCAGCGCCUUCCCCUCCAGAUACUCAGUGCUGGUGGCCUCCAACUUUACCCACAACAUCACCUCCGCCUCACGAUGCUGCACUAUCAGCAAGGACGCUAAGGUCAAAGUUCGCCUGGACUGCCCUCGAGGUCGUCACCAUGAAGAAAUAGAGAUCCUGACCGCAGAGGCGUGUCGAUGCGACAUGUGCCGCAAGUCCCGCUACUGAGACAUCAAGACAAUAUGCUGCAAUGUACCACAGGACCAAAAACGAAUUUAAUCAGUUAAGCCGUACAAACUUAAAAAUGAAUUAAAUACAGGUGUUUCAGGGAUACACCAUCAUUUUCCUAUCUCUACUCUAAGUAUUUUGAAUGUUGAAGAAAAUGAACUAAAUCAACUAAAUUACUGUCAAUAUUAAUUUCCUUCAUUCGUGUUCUUAAAGAAUAAAAAGAAGGUGGAUGGAAAAUAGCCAGAAGAUGAAGGGUCUAUGCAGAUCUCCCAUGUCAUCAUUGACUACAUUUAAGUAUAGGCAGAGUAACCCCUGCUCACGAUUAUUCCCCAAGAACAUUAAGAUUUAAAUGAGGGAUUCACAUUUUUUAAAGUCUAAAAGAUUUCUGUGAGUGUGUUUUUGUGUGAUGUGUACAAUGUGAUGUAAGGGAGGUUUUUCAAGAAAACUUGAUUGAUGCACAUUUGUGUUAGAAGGCGAUACAAACCAUUCUGUCACUCCAGGAUUAUAACCAAUCAAACCCCUAAAAAGACUGCCUUCACCUUAUUUAACAUGUUCAAAUAUGCCAAAAUGAAUAACAGCUUUACAUUACAGUUAAGACAGUCAAUCCAUCUGCAUAAAGGUUAUAUAAACAAAUAGUUUCACCCAUUGCAUAACCACUAAACACAGACCAAAGAAUGUACACAUUUAUUUAUAUUUAUGAAUUUGAAACUAAAGGACAUUUUGUAAAUAAUAUGUAUUAAUGAAACUAAAGAAUGUUGGAAAUGUCAAUUUAAUGAAAAGAAUGCACUGUAUAGUUUGCAAUGAAAUUGUAUUUCAAUAAAUUUCUAUUCUGCAACAGUAAA